AACAUUUUUCACACCUCUUCCAGAAAAGAAGAAGCACACACAAUAACAACGCAAAAAGUGGAAAACUCGAGAAAAAACAAGUCUAUUGAACAAAAACAAGGAGAAAUCAACUAACAAUGGAUGCUAAGCGCGAGAGAAAGUCGUCUUUGGCCCCUCUGUCACCGUGCCCCAUUCCGGACAUCACCGAUGAUGACUUGGUCAGCAUCUCCGUGCGGGACCUCAACCGGACUCUCAAGAUGCGCGGCCUGAACCGCGAGGAGAUUGUGCGGAUGAAGCAGCGGAGGCGCACGCUGAAAAACCGUGGCUAUGCCGCUAGCUGCCGCAUCAAGCGGAUCGAGCAGAAGGACGAGCUGGAGACCAAGAAAUCGUACGAGUGGACGGAGUUGGAGCAGAUGCACGAGGACAACGAGCAGAUCCGCCGCGAGGUGGGCAACUGGAAGAACAAGUACAAGGCCCUGCUACAGUUUGCCAUCCAGAACGAGAUCCCUAUUCCGAGCGAGCUGGAGGGGAACUGAUUCCAUCUGAUCCAACCUGUCACAUUCCUUUUUCAGUCAAAAAAAUAAAAAAUAAACCUAAACCUAAAAACAAACUACUUUUAGUCGCCUAUUUAGCUAGUUAUUUCUUGUAA